AUGACUAUCACCGUCAUUCUUGGGGCCCAGUGGGGCGACGAAGGCAAGGGCAAAUUGGUCGAUGGACAGUGCCAGGAGGCGCAACUCUGUGCCCGAGCCGCGGGUGGAAAUAACGCUGGGCAUCUCGUGCGGUUGAGAGGCAGCUUUCACCUCUUGCCCUCUGGGCUGAUCAACCCAACAUGGUUCUACCAUAGCUUGAAUUUCAUCGGUUCCGGCGUAGUCUUCCACGUCCCAAGCUUUUUCAGCGAGCUCGCCGAACUAGAGGCCAAGGGCCUAUCUGCGGUACAUGAUCGGAUCCUUGUUUCUGACAGGGUCAAUGUCCUCCUGGACCUGCACGUAGCAGUGGAUGGCCUCGAGGAGAGGGAGCUUGGAGACGCAGCUAUUGGAACAACGAGACGCGGCAUCGGUCCAUGCUAUCAGACAAGCAGAGCGCGGACUGGCAUCAAAAUGACGGACGUUUUCUAUCCGGACCUCUUCGAGCAGAAGGUGAGGCGCUUAGCUGAUGGCUAUCAAAAGCGCUUCGGAGAACUGUUCGAAUACGACAUCGAAGCCGAGCUGGCUCGUUUCAACGAGUAUAGGGAGACGCUGCCGAAGUACGUUGUGGACGGCGUGUCCUUCAUGAGAUCCGCACAGGAGAGCAAUGCGAAUAUUGUCAUCGAAGGCGCAAACGCACUGAUGUUAGAUGCUGAUUAUGGCUCUUACCCAUUUGUCACCUCUUCAAGCACUACGCUUGCUGGUAUUAUUGGCGGACUCACACUGAACCCAAAGAACAUUACAGAGACGGUUGGAGUGGUCAAGGCUUACACCACCCGUGUCGGGGCAGGGGCCUUCAAGACCGAAGAUACCGAAGAGAUUGGUACCAAGCUCCAGGAGAUUGGACGCGAAUGGGGAACGUCGACUAGGCGCAGACGCCGAUACCUUGUUGUUGUCAAAUACAGUAACUCGAUCAACUACUACACCAGCCUGAAUCUCACAAAGCUCGACGUGUUGGAUACUUUCGAAACGAUCAAGAUCGCCAUCGCUUACACGAUCGGCGGGGAGGAACUGGACUCUUACCCUGCGGAUCUUAACAUCCUGAACCAAGCUGAGGUGGUUUACCACGAGAUGCCAGGCUGGCAAAAGCCGACCACUAACGCGAGGACCUACGACGAUCUCCCAAAAGAGGCCCGCGAUUACGUCGAGUACAUUGAGAAGUUUGUCGGAGUCAAGAUCAAGUACAUCGGCACUGGUCCUGACCGUGACGCCAUGAUCCAGCGCCCCUGAUUGCGCGACGUCGAGGAGGCACUCGAAGUUUGACUUGAAUCGCGCGCAAAGAGUGUUGGCUGCCGAAGUCAUUCGGUGACCCGAAGAAGAGGGUGUGAAUUCUGGAGAAUAGAUUGGAUUUCUCAUAGGUAGGCCAUGCCUUGGACCACAACUGAUAGGUACUCGACCCGCCUCCUUUCGUGUACGUUCCGCGGGUUAUGGAGCAUUCUGGGUGAGAAUGUCCCUGGCAUUGCCAAGUUGAGUUCCCGUAUCGUAUAGAUCGAUGCCGAGAGCUUCGAUGAAGGUGCCUCGGCUGAGAUAAAUCUUGGUUACCGCAGAACCGGUACACUAUCGCUGUUUACUACAUUCCGUGACUGAGAAAAGGUACAUUUAAACCCCCAUGUAUACACGAGGUUCCGUAGCAUGCGAAGUAGAGAGUAUGUCCUACGAGUGAGGGCUAGGCUGGGCUGAGCCAAGGCUUAGAGUAGAUGAUGCAAUAGGGACCACACACGAAAGAGAGCAAAGUAAAUAUCAUUCCUA